AUGCCUACCAUGUGGUUAUCCGAUUCGCAGAAGAUUGGCGUAGCGUUCUGUUCAGGAGGUGGAUUCUUUCUCAUCUGUGGAGUCUUCAUGUUCUUUGAUAGAGCAAUGCUAGCAAUGGGCAACAUUCUUUUCCUCCUCGGCCUAACAAUCAUUAUCGGACCCCAGAAGACAGCGCUCUUCUUCGCGCGCCGCCAGAAGCUCAAGGGUACAGCUGCGUUCUUUGCGGGCCUCUGUCUGAUCUUAAUGCGCUGGGCUCUGGUCGGCUUCUUGGUCGAGCUGUACGGGAUAUUCAUCCUGUUUGGAGACUUCUUAGGUACGAUUGCUGGCUUUGCGAGGAAUAUACCCAUCAUUGGGCCGUGGAUUGGUGUGGCUGUUGACAGAAUGGGACUUGGUGGUGGUGCGCAAUUACCAGUAUAG